CUUCUCUACAUGUACAAAGAUAAAAAAUAAAAAUAAAAAAAACUUGUACAAGCAUAUACGACAGAUGGAGAGUCUUGUUUCUAAUUGGUUCAAUGCUGGAACUUUGCCCGAUUCAUAUGUAUUCCCACAACAAAAUAGACCAGGUAAACUUGAUUUUUGUAUAGGAAAGAUGAUUCCAGUGAUUGAUCUUCAAAAUCACAAUCGAAAUACUACCAUUCAGAAAAUUUUGGAUGCCUCCCAAGAGUAUGGAAUCUUUCAGGUGAUCAACCAUGGAGUUCCAAAAGAAUUAAUGGAUGACACCAUGAAAGUGAUGAAGAAGUUCCAUGCUAUGCCUUUGAAUGACAAGGCAAGGGAAUGUUCCAAGGAUCCGAAAAAGAGCUGCAAGCUCUACACCAGCAGUGAACAUUACUCCGCUGAACAGAUUCACUGUUGGAGGGAUGUACUAGUGCACCAAUGUCAUCCCCUAGAGGACUAUAUGCAAUUUUGGCCUGAUAAACCAUCUACAUAUAAAGAGGUGGUUGGUCGAUUUACUGUUGAAGCAAGGAAGAUGGCUACCAGAAUUUUGGAAUUAAUUGACCAAGGAUUGGGAUUUAGUCCUGGAUAUUUGAGUGAUAGUGAAUAUAGCCAAAAACCAAUUUUGAUGGUUAAUCACUAUCCACCAUGCCCAGACCCAUGUUUAACCUUGGGAUUACCUAAACACAGUGAUCCCAGUGUUAUAACCAUUGUUCUUCAAGGAAAUGUACCUGGACUUCAAGUUUUCAAGGAUGGAGAAUGGUUGGUGGUUGAACCUCUUGCUCAUGCAUUUGUGAUUAAUAUAGGCUAUGUUUUACAGAUUAUCAGCAAUGGAAAGCUAAAAGGUGUUGAACACCGAGUUGUGACGAAUUCAAGCAUUGCUCGGACCACCAUAUCGAUGUUCAUUUAUCCAUCGGAUGACAGUCUCAUACAGCCGGCAACAGCUCUAAUCAAUGCACGAAAUCCACCCCUAUAUAGAGCUUUUAUAUACAAGGAAUUUCGUAGCAAGUACUUAUCUGCUGCUGCGGAUUCAAAAGCAGUGGACGAAUUCAUACGUCAAACAACUAUAUAAUAAUGUGAGACAAGAAGAAGUUAAUCUUUCUCAUCUGGCUAAGAAAUGCAACCUCAAAUCUAUGUCUAUCUAUCUAUAUAUAUAUAUAUAUAUAUAAUAUUAACUGGACAACUAUUAUGUUUAUUGAUUAACUUAAUUAGGCUUUUUUGGA